AUGUCCACCCAAAACGCUCUCGCUCUCACUGAGCUCGGCAAACCAUUAACCAAAAUCACCUUGCCAAUCCCAUCCAGCUCUGAAUUGAAAGACAACGAAGUGCUUAUCAAAAUAACCGCAGCAGGCUUGGCGCCUCUCGAUCAAAAGCUCCGCGACAAAAACAUGUUCAAUAUCGGCUCUCGCCUCCCCGCGAUAUUUUCCGGGGAUCUUGUCGGAACCGUUGUGUCGAACGGGGCGAAAGCCAAAUUUCCAAUUGGUGCUCAUGUAUUCUCGCAGACGCUGUUCGAUAACCCGCGUGGUGGCGGGCUGCAAGAAUACACGAUCAUAAACGGUGAGUACGCGGCCGUUGUGCCGGACGAUGUGAGCGAUGAAGAAGCAGCUUUGUAUCCCAUCAACGCUGUCACGGCUGCAUGGAGCCUAUUCUCCAGCGGAGGUUUUGAUAUGCCGUUCCCUGAAACAGCUGAAGCUGGAGCUUUCGAUUAUGCGGGUCAGAAAAUAGCCAUUGUUGGCGGCGGGUCCAAUCUUGGAAAAUUGGCUACCCAAUUCGCGGCAUUUGCUGGCGUGGGUACUGUUAUUGCCAUUGCAUCGCCAGAUGGUGCGGAGCUGCUGAAGAGCUUUGGUGCUACGCAUGUUAUCUCGCGCCACGAUACGAAUAUCGAAGAGCAGGUCCGUGGUAUUGUGGGUGAUGAGUUGCUCCAUGUCUUUGACACUAUUAAUAUGGGCGAGGGGCAUACUCUAGGCGUAUCUCUCCUGUCUGAUUCUAAGAAAGGGGUGUUUGUAAGCGCGCUGCCGGGGAAGGCAACUGAAGCAAUGCUUGCGAAGAAGAAAGGGGGUAUCGAGGAGAAGUUCAUUCGAGGCUUCUCCCAUUCGUUCCCGGAUGUGGCAGAGUUAUUUUGGAAGGAGUUUCCUACUUGGUUAGCGAAGGGAAGCAUUCGGCCGUUGAAAUUCAAGGUCAUUGAGGGUUUGGAUGCUGAUAAGGUGAACCACGCGUUGGAUGAAUAUGCAGCGGGGAGAAGUGGAGAGCGUUAUCAUGUUCGCGUUUCGCGUUGA